CAGUUGCGCCCACUGCCUUGCCUCAGCCCUGGCUAAUCGCCCCAGCCUCAGCCCCUCUUGUCCAUGUGCCCCGCCCCCCUGAUCCAGGUCCGGCACUUCACGUGUGGUCUUGCAUCCACAUCACCUUCUCGACACGCACAGCCUGAGGUUCCCCCAAAGGAUCCUGGGUCCCUCCCACCAUGCCCUGUGCUCACAAUCACGCCCGGGCUAGGACAGCCCCCUCUCCCCUUCCCACUCUCCAACAGAUGCUAUGCACCCUAUCCCAGUGCCUUGUAUCAGUGCCCCCUCAACCUCCGCCUCCUCUCUACACUGCCCACCAUGCACCCCUCAUGCUUGCACAUUGAAUGGCCUGGUGCAUGGCACCACAGUGUUGGUUGCGUCGAAGAAGGUCAGCCCAGGUUGACUAGAUGAGAGCCCAGAGUAUAAUGGAGAGUCCCAGAGUAUCGAUGGCUCGUUUGUGUUGAACAACGGCAGCCAAGACCGGUGCCACGUCCAAUAACUCGUGACACCACUUGGG